CGUCGCGGCGGAGGCGGGGCUUCCGGCGCGGCGCGGAAGCGUCGGCAGAGGCCGCGGCAGGUUGGCGGUGAGCUGAUGCAGGCGGCGCGGCACGUCGUGGUCGCCCUGUCCGGCGGGGUGGACAGCGCCGUGGCCGCGCUACUGCUGAGGCGGAGAGGCUACCAAGUGACAGGGGUGUUCAUGAAGAACUGGGACAUGCUGGAUGAACAUGGAGUUUGCACUGCUGACAGAGACUGUGAAGAUGCUUAUAGAGUUUGCCAGAUCCUAGACAUCCCUUUCCACCAAGUGUCCUAUGUGAAGGAGUAUUGGAAUGACGUGUUCAGUGAUUUUUUAAGUGAAUAUGAAAAAGGAAGGACUCCCAAUCCUGACAUAGUCUGCAACAAGCACAUCAAGUUCAGUUGUUUUUUCCAUUAUGCUGUGGAUAAUCUCGGAGCAGACGCAGUUGCCACGGGUCACUACGCCAGAACCUCACUGGAGGAUGAGGAAGUCUUUCAGCAGAAGCACAUGAGGAGGCCAGAAGGGCUUUUCAGAAAUCGAUUUGAAGUCAGAAAUGCGGUAAAACUUCUUCAAGCAGCUGACAGCUUUAAAGACCAGACCUUCUUUCUCAGCCAGGUUUCCCAAGAUGCCCUGAGGAGAACCCUCUUCCCUCUGGGGGGGCUAACGAAAGAUUUUGUCAAGAAAAUAGCUGCUGAGAAUAGACUCCAUCACGUGCUUCAGAAGAAAGAGAGCAUGGGCAUCUGUUUCGUUGGUAAAAGAAAUUUUGAAAAUUUCAUCCUUCAGUAUUUACAGCCUCGACCUGGUAAAUUUAUUUCUAUAGAAGACAAUAAAGUUCUGGGAACACACAAAGGUUGGUUCCUGUAUACUUUGGGCCAGAGAGCCAAGAUAGGCGGCUUACGGGAGCCCUGGUAUGUGGUGGAGAAGGACGGCACCAAGGGCGACGUGUUUGUGGCCCCCCGGACAGACCACCCGGCUCUGUACAGGGACCUGCUGCGGACCAGCCGCGUGCACUGGAUCGCGGAGGAGCCGCCCGCCGCCCUGGUCCGGGACAAAAUGAUGGAGUGCCACUUCCGGUUCCGCCACCAGAUGGCGCUAGUGCCCUGCGUGCUGACCCUCAAUCAAGACGGCACCGUGUGGGUGACGGCUGUGAAGGCUGUGCGGGCCCUGGCCCCGGGACAGUUUGCCGUUUUCUACAAAGGGGAUGAGUGUCUGGGCAGCGGGAAAAUCCUGCGCUUGGGGCCAUCUGCCUACAUACUCCAGAAGGGCAAGAGCAAGUCCAGAGUGGCCACCGAGGGCCCCGGCGACGGCCCCGGCGACGGCCCCGGCAAUGGCCCACUGCUGGGCCCCGCGCCCUGAAGGAGGCCGAGCUGCCGCCGAGCGCCCGGGAGCAGACAGGGAGGAGCAGAGCCUGGGGUGGAGCAGUCGGGGGAGCUGGGCUGAGUCUGCCACCCCAGUUCUAUCCAGGUGGCCAGGGUUCCAGCAAGCCUCCCGAGCCUGGGAGAGCCCCAGAAAGGCCUGCCCUGUCUUCUCCAAGUUGGUGCUCUGGCCAGAAGGACUUGCUGCCGAGUGGGUGGGUCCCAAGGGCCCCGCUUGCAGAGUUGCUCUUUCGUGCCCCAGGGAAGGCCUCCCACCCGCAAGCACACAGGCGGACUGCGGAGGAGGCUGCAGGGCCUGCAUCCAAUAAAACGAGUGUCUGGGACACAGAGCCUGCCGGACUCUCCUGGGGAGGGAGCAGGCCUCCGGUGCACAGCUUGGGCAGAGGGACGCCAGCCCCGCUGCCCCGUUCACACUCCCCCCACCUGUGUCGGAGAGUUAGUCCCGGCCCGCAGGGGUUCAGUGCGGGUGUGUGAGGGGGCCGGCUGCGCGAAGGCCAUCCCUCCCCCUGCAGAGCACCCGGUGCCCUGGCUGCGGUCACAGGGAAACCAGGAGGCCUGAGGGGCCUUCGUCCCAGUGGGGCGGGGCUCGGCGGGUGUUCCCUGUGGGGCAGCUUACUCACCAGAAGUCUGGCCCCCCCGGUGCCUUCGGCCGUGGUUCGCCGAUGGCCGACUUCUCGCUAUGUCCUCAACGGCCAGAGGGGCGAUGGGUCUUUCUGGGGCCUCACACCGUGCCAUCCCCCGGGGCUCCACCCUCACGACCCAAGUGCCUCCCAAAGAGCUCCUCUGUUCACACCAUCACAUCGGGGAUUUAGGGUUUCCCCGCAGGAGCGUUGGGGGGCGCUGAGCCCCCGGCAUGAUGUGUGCGCACGUGUGGCUUUUGUGGCAAGAGGGCAGGCGGUCAGGGCCCGCUGUGCCGUGGGCGGCACCCUGUGGCCCCGCAGAGUCCCUGAGUGACGCCUCCGUGCGCGGUGAGGGCCCCGCCAGGCCCUGCUGCGGGCAGCACGCCGAGGCGCGGGCUCUGUCUCCUCUCCUCGGUGCCUGCGCGGCUGGGGGGUGGCGUCUGGGUCGGGCAGGAACUUGGCCCUCCGGGGAAGGCCUCCCGUGUCUGCAUGCCCCCACCGCCUCCGGCUCGCCUGCCCUGAGGGUGGGGGCUGGGCGCUGGGGACAGAGCUCGGGCUGCUUCUCUCACUAGCCUCACACCCAACGCAUUCCUAAUGCUUCGAGCCAGGCUUCUGUGGGGACCAGAAAUGUCCCCUGCCUCCUGUGGAUGGAAGGUUCUAGACCAGAGGUGGCCUAGGCCUCCAGGCACGGUGCUGCUGGAGGAGCACCUGGGAAAGUCGUCCCGUGGCCCCCAGCCUUCGAGGCCUCUGGUGGUGACAGGGCUAGCCCUGGGUCUGGGUGCCAGGCAUCCAGGGGCCCCCUCCCCACCCCCAGAGGCAGGUCACAGGCCCCAGACCACAAGGGAGGAGCCCGAAGUGGGGUGACGGGCACCGCGGCCCCAGAGCACUACAGUGGGAGGAGGACUUUUUCUGAACAGGAGGGAGGCAGGUGGUUUGAGCAGAAAAUCCCUCUGGCCCCUGAGGUACAGGUGGGAGGGAACGGGGGCCACGUGGGCUGUGGGGUUGGCUUUGGUGGCGGGCACGGACAAGUGUAAGGCCCGUGUAGCGGGUCGGGAGGAGGGUGGACGACUAAGACUGUUGUCCAGAUGGGGUCCUGCUGCCCUCGGAUCUCCCCACGCAUCAGCACGCAGUGCUCUGAAGAGCAGAGCGGCCCCCCCCGCCCCCCGUGCAGCCAGAAAGGGGGCUUGGCACCGCUUGGCACCGGCCUCGGCUCUGGUGUGCUGCCUGCCGCCUGCCGGCGAGACCGGCCUUGCACCCCAUCCCCGCCAGCCGGGGGCAAAGGGCACGAGGUGGGCCGGGCCCCACCGCUGGUUUAGUGGGACCCUGUGUAGGGGGUGACAGGCUGCACCGUUGGGGGCUUUAAGACCAGGCCACUGUGUGGGGCUGAGAACUAGCUGCCAGCCCCCCUUUCCAGAGGCAGGAUGAACGUGGUCCCCCUCAGUGACGAUCAGGAUCCCCAUCCCCGCUCCUUACACUAGCCAGGGCCUGGGUCUGCCUUCUCCCCACCUGGCAGGGGGCUUCCGGGGCUGGAAGGAGCGGGUAGGGGGCCCGAGCAUCCAGGGCCGGGCCUUCUGGCCUGCCACGUGGCAGCUGGUCCAGAUAAAGGAGGCCCUGGGAGGUGGGGGCUCAGCCUGCCCUGCCCAGGCUAGGAGGCCGGCCACUGUUCCGCAUCACUCUGCAGGUCGUGCCAGGCGGUGGAGGCUGGCGAGGCUGGCCGUGGAGGCAGGGAGGGACUGGAACCCCGCCCAUGUUCGGCCAGCUCACAGGGCAGCAUGGAAUGGAGCCUCCCCGGCCUCAGGGUUCCCGAUUCACUGCCCUGGUGGCUGGGCCUCUUGUCCUGCUGCGAAGGCCCCCCAACGCCCACCCUGCUCCGUGCAAGGCUGACCCUGGGAAACGGCAGCAGGAACAGGGAGGAAGGGCAGCCCGGUGGAAGCGUCCAGCACAGGCCGCCCGUCCUGCCAGCCCAGUGCCAGGCCCCCAGCUGGUCCGGCGGCCGCUCGGGUCACCCAGGCUUCACCUGUGGCGGGGCCCAUGGCAGCCUUCCAGCCGCCGGCACCACCCUCCCUCUGGUGGGCACAGCCUGCCCUCCCCCUGCCCGAGGCCACCAGCCAACUGCGCGAGGCCACUUUGUGCAUUGCGUCAACUGUCCGCCAGGGGGCCAAGUUCAUGAGCUGGGACUCUGGCCCCUCCCACUGCCCCAUGCUGGCCAACUCUAGGGCUUCAGGAGACCCUGGGCAGGCCGGAGGGGCUGGAGCUGAGGAGUAAGACAUGUGUCCCCUUGUCCCCGUUUUCCAGAUGGGCACCCCCGUUGCCAGGCCCCGCCACUGCCCCACGUGCCCAGAUCCCGAGGUAAGGGCCCAGGGCUGGUGCUGUACACACGGUGAGAGCUAAAGAUCCCGGGAAACCCCAAAUGGCCUGCUCGUCCCGACUGCAUCAGGAGGGUGGACACAAAGUUCCAGUACAGCUCCUUUCCCCCGGGGCCUGUCCUCAGGGAGGGGGGCGGGGGGAACAGCACAGCAGAAGCACAAAUUCGGAAAUCUUAAUUUAUUGCAGACUCUUCUCUUGUGUUGUAAUUCCAGUGUUCCGAACAUUAAUAAAUAGACGUUUGUUAAAAAAA